GUCAAUCCGCCAAAGCCUCGGAACUGGGAUUGUCCCAAUAAUCAGCCUUGUGAAGUGAAGGAGAAGGACAAUUACUUAAAGGCAUUCGCGACUUCCAAAAUGAGGGAAUAUCAUCCGCAUCAAACACCGCAUCACACACCGCAAUCUCAUCUUCAGCCUGGCAACAGCUUCCUCUUCUUGAACACUUUCAUCUUCUCUUACACUUUCACGCACCACUGGGCUGACUUACAAACACCAACGAACACCACCUCCUUUCUCCCACAUCUCAUACAAUGGCCACCACCACCAUAGCCGAUAUCGCGUCGAGGACAACCGCUUCAGCCACGGCGUCCUGCACCACCGCCGUACCUGGCAAGUACGGCUAUGUCCCUAUCGACGCCUGUAAUGCCAACUACGGCUUCAACCCGAGCUUUGGCGCCAAUCUCGCCUUUGCUGUACUGUUUGGUUUGACAAGUUCGAUCCAUAUUAUGCAAGCCAUCAUCUACAAAAAGCGAUACUGUUGGGUGGUCAUCAUGGGUGCGCUCUGGGAGCUGGCGGGUUUUGCCAUCAAGACUGUCGGCAGUCGUAAUCAACAGGAGCUCUCACUUGCUAUCUGGGGACAGCUCUUCUUCUUGCUUGCCCCUCUAUGGAUCAACGCAUUUGCCUACAUGACUGUUGCACGCAUGAUUUACUUCCGAAUCCCCGAGAAGAAGAUCUGGGGCGUGCGGGCAAUUAAGAUGGGAACGCUGUUCAUCUGGCUGGAUGUCGUCUGCUUCAUCGUCCAGGCUGCCGGCGGUAUCCUACUAUCUGGCGAUGACGACAAAGUUGCAGACAUCGGCAAGAAGCUUUACAUGGCUGGUGUUGGUGUUCAGCUGGCAUUUAUCCUCAUCUUCACUGUCCUGACGGGUACCUUUUACCGGCAAUUGGUGAAGCUUGAGGGAUCGCGCAUCGGCCGGAUGAAGUACCUGAUCUGGUGCAUGCUGUCCGUCUUGGUCCUGGUCACGGUUCGAAUCGUGUUCCGUCUGUACGAGUUCAGCCCCGGCGCGAACACCAGCAACCCGAUCCUGACCCACGAGGACUACGCUUUGUGCCUGGACGCCUUCCCCAUGCUGUUGGCUCUGGUUCUCCUCAACUCCAUGCACCCCGGCCUGGUCCUGCGGGGCCCCGACAGCGACUUCCCGCGACUCAGCCGCAAGGAGAAGAAGGCGCUCAAGCAGCAGAAGAAGGACGAGAAGCGAGAUCUCAAGGCUGCCAAGAAGGCUGGCAAGUCUGGCAAGUCGAGCAAGCACAGUGGCUCUUACGAGAUGUACGACACCAUCCCCGAGACCGGCUCCCAGGGCAGCGCCAACUCCCACCGCGAGCUGAUGGUGUAAGAGGGGAAACGUCAGGUGUGGACGCAGGGCAGUAGUAAUGGGACAAUGUUAAUGGUGGAUGGAGACAGUGGGGUCUCGAGGAUCAAUCACAUGGGCACUCGAGUACGCCAGAGGAUUCCAGUCGAGCAUGGCGACCGACCCAUGUGUAUUGAAGACAACAGCGUGGCGUUUUAUGUUUGGUCUGGGCGGAAUGAAGGAAUUCCAAUCCAGAGUUAAUUUGGAUCGGUUGCAUAUAGACUUGCGGGAUAAGCGAUGGGAGAUUACAGCGACGGAUAGAAAAUGGAUUUAAGUCAGGGGAGACUAUUAGUUGGGUAGAUGAAGAAUGUAUUUUUUCUUUUGAAA